UGUAAUCGUUUUUUGUAAUGUCUUUGAGGAUUGCACAAUUUCUUCAAGUGGUUUAGAUAUCGGUUUGAAUAGUUUAUUAAUAGACUCAUCUUGCUCUGAUUUACCUAAUUUCAACGACAAGUAUUUUUUGCGAAUCGAUCUGGCAAGUUCGGACACUUUUUUCUUGCGCAAUGCAUUAGCAACCUUAUCGUCAGACAUUUUGGUAUGGACUGAAGAUGCAGCUUACAAUUUUAUAUAUUUAUCGAAUCCUUUGCGAUACCUACCACCAUUAAGGGUAAAAUCCUUCAUAAUUACCAAAGUACCAUAGCGAUCACACCAACACUUUGAACACACAUUUUUGAAUGUGUCAAACUUUAUGUCUGGAGAUACGUGUUCGUCGAAUAUAUGUUUCAAGUUCACCUCAUCCUGCUUGAAUAACACAAUAACAUUACAAUUGUCGCGAAUAAGCUGUUUCGGUAUUUUUGAGUAUGUUUGACAAAGAUAUGCAGCAUCAAUAUCUUUAUGUCUACACAUGGAGUAGUAUUCACGAAUUUUCUGCUGACCGUCACAGGCUACGUCAUCGAAUAAAAAGAUGGAAUUUGGUCGAGCUUUCUCUGGACUAAUUAUUUCCUCAUUGUCUUUAAAUGGGAAAUACCCAACACCCUUGACUUGCGCUAUAACUUCUUGUAGCAAUUGAUACUUUGGUUGAAAUAACGAUUUUGAAUAGACAUAAACAUUUUUGAAUUUCGCGCCAUUUGGAUUGAAUAGGAGCGCCAGCACGACGUUCGUCUUACCACACCCACUGGGGCCACAUAUAAUGGCACGGAAAGAAUUUGGCAACAAUUUACCAUGUUUGCCAACAGUUGGUGUUGAGGUGAAAUCCAGAUUUUCAAUGGGUAUAGUCUGCUCUUGUUGAAUUAUUUUCAUUGUGUGUGUCGUUUUUCGUAGUACUACUCUUUAAAUAUAGGUGUCACCAAUUGAGCGUGUCAGUCUUAAUGUUGGUGUUUGAAGGAGAUGGUAUUUUGAAUUCUCUCAUCAAUAAACUAUUGAACUUCACUUACCUAGCUAUCAGUACUGUGGACCUGGUACAAAAUUGGAAAAACGUCUUGAUCGUGGAGAUCCGGGCAUCAACCCCUUGGACGCUGCUUGUAAACAACACGAUAUUUCUUACUGGAAGAAUAAGUCUCUCGAAGAACGACACAAAGCCGAUCAUACUUGAAGAUAAAGCUUGGGCACGCGUCAAAUCAAAAGACGCUUCACUGGGAGAGAAAGCUGCUGCAUUACUUGUAACAGGCGGAAUGAAGGUGAAAAGAAAGCUGGGAAUGGGUUGUCGUCGCAAACGUCGUUCCUUGCAUCGAGAUGUUAUUCUGAAAGUGGGAAAGUCAUUGAAGAGAGGAACAUCUAUGAAAGACACCGCAACGUUUGCCUUACGAGCAGCCAAAGCACUUAUUAAAGAAUUUGGCGGCAAAAAAGAAGUCGAGGUUCCUCGAGUAAUACCUGUAGCGAAAUCCGGAGGUUUCCUACCACUUAUUCCUUUGUUUGCCGGUCUUUCGGCACUUGGAGCUUUGUCAGGUGGUGCUGCUGGGAUUGCAAAAACCGUCAUUGAUGCUAAGCAUGCGCAAAAGAAAUUGGAGGAAGAUGUACGUCAUAAUAAGGAACGUGUAGGAUCUGGCCUAUACUUGAAAAAGUAUUCAAAAGGUGGAUUUGGAUUGUAUUUAAAAAAAAACAAAAAAAACUAAUAAAGCUACCCAAUCACGCACUAUCUGACUUUGACAUCGCGCAUUAUGCAAAAUUACUUAAAAUAUCACAUUUUCGAGGAGUUUUCAUGCGAGACACCCUCUCCAAAGACGGUCCUCGAAGACAAGAAUGCGCAGUGGUUAAUUUAGAUGUCUCUAAGAAUAGUGGGAGUCAUUGGGUGGCUUACAGAAAGAUAAACAACGAUGUAGAGUAUUUUGAUUCAUUUGGUAAUUUGAAGCCGCCGAAAGAAGUUGUUGAAUAUCUGGGAAAGAGUGCGAGAAUUUUCUACAACAAUACCCAAUAUCAAAACUACAAUCAAAUAAAUUGCGGACAUUUGUGUUUGAAAUUUCUACAGCAACAAUGACGAGCGUAGAACUAUUACUACAACAUAUCUACCAUGGAAAAACGUUGAAUAGUUUUACUGCCGAAGAACUAAAGCACUUUCCCAUUGAACAUCUAAUAGAGUGUGUAAGACCUUGGGAAUUGUUGGAUAUGUGGCAUAAACUUCCCAAUGAAUAUCGAGGAAAUUUUGAACUACAAAUACGACUACCUUGUUUCAUCCAUUACAACCGACCUGAUUGGACAACACAUUGUGAUGGUCCUCCGAGUUCUCAAGCCACUUGUUUUCUUUAUAACAAUAAAUAGUAUAAACAAGUAGUAUUAUUUAAAUUCAAACAUCACCCGAAUUCCAUUAGUCACCAUGUCACAGUUGCUGAGAGUAAACAGCAUCAAUCAUGAAUUUACCUUUCAACCUACUACGCCUAUUGUGCUCGAUCCGAUUAAUGAUUACUAAAUAGCUUUGCGAUCUUUUCAUUCUUAUCACAGUAUACUAAACAUUGAAAAUUGUAAGUUUUACUACUACGAUACCAAGGGCAAGCUUCAAAGUUUUGAUUUUCCCACAGGAUGUUACGAAAUUUCCGAUCUUGAAGCGUUUAUACGAGAUAAAUUGGGUGUGGACAAUUCAACUAGACCAGAGGGUAUAUUUUCACUAAAACCCAAUCACAAUACGUUGAAAUGUGAAAUUUCCAGUAAAUACAAAAUUUCAUUCAAAGAAGAUAAUAGUAUUGGGAGAAUUUUGGGUUUUUCACCGAAAAUACUCGACGCAAACAAAAUACACUCGUCAGAUCUCCCCGUCAAAAUCAUUAAAGUAUCUAGUAUUCGCUUCGAUUGUAACAUUACCACUGGAGCCUUCGAUGCAAACAGACCUGCUCAUACUAUAUACGAAUUCGUCAUACAAGUGGAUCCAGGAUAUUCCAUAGACGAAAUUCCUCAUAAUUUGCUCUAUUUACCUGUUAUACCACAACGUGAAAUAACCAAUAUCACCGUCAUCGCUUUAGACCAAGACGGUCAGCCUGUAAACUUUCGUGGAGAACUAAGUACGUUGGUGUUGGAGCUUAGAGCGCGAAGCAAAUGGGACUAAUAAUAAAUCAUAGAAGACAGUCUACAGAGCAUUCAACUUCAUUAGAUAAGCUACCAUCAAAGCUAAAGCAACUCACGUUCGCAAACAAAUUGGUUCUGCAAUCGUUGGGUUUUAAAUUGAAAAAUGACAACAAUGUAUGGAAAACGUCAACGCCAAAACGACAACAUGCCUCCAAUGUUUGAUAUCUACCGUAAGCCGAUGUUUGACGAUUCAAUUCGAAAGGCUGAAUACAGAACCUAUGCUCCAUUUAUAAAGUCAUUCAAUUGCAGUGACAUUGUGGAGUUUAGCAUUAAUCAGGUUGAUUCGUUCUUUGCAAUGAGCGAACCUUUGUUGUGCAUUAAAGGUUCGCUUGAAAUACACGGAGCUGGUGACGUAAAAUUAGCAAAUAAUGUUGGAGCCUUUCUAUUCGAUUCAUGUACGUACAGUGAAAGUGCCAGGGAAAUGGAAACAGUUCGGGAUCCUGGAAUAGUGAGUGCCGUACGUGCUAUGACUUGUUAUAACCAAGAAGAUUCCAAUCAUAUGGCUAUAGCCGGCUAGAAUUACCCAAAAGAUCCUAUUCUGAAUGUUAGCGACAAGUCCUUCAACCUUCAAAUACCUCUCAAACAUAUUUUCAGCAUUUUCAACGAUUAUUCAAUGAUUACAUGUGGGCGUCAAACAAUACGACUAGUUCGGGCACGAAAUGAUAAUGAUUGCUUAUAUAUUACUGAAAAGAAUGUCUCUGGAACGCUCUCCACUACAACAGCUAAAUUAAACAUUACAAGCGUUGAGCUAAAAGUUAAACAUAUCUUUCCUAAUGACAACAUAAAAUUAAAUCUCAUGAAAUCCAUUCAAAAAUAUCAACCUAUAGUUAUUCCAUUUAGGAAGUGGGAGUUACACGAAUUACCCUCAAUUACUAAAGGAGCAAGACAUGAAGUUUGGGCUGUCAAGACAUCCACUUCAGUUGUUAUUGUUUUCUUUCAAACCGACAAACGUAACUUGAGUACAGCUGACCCGACUUUAUUUGACAAUACCGACGUACAAAGUAUAAGACUGUCACUUAAUGGUGAUUAUUGGCCCAAUGAAAGAAUGCAAUUGGAUUUCGCUAAAACUGAUUACAAUGAAGCCUAUUUUAACUAUACUGAAUUCUAUCCCAACUACGCAAACUCCACACAGAAGCGCCCCCUGCUGGAUUAUUCUUCUUUCAAGAAACGAGCAUUGUUUGUUAUCGAUUGUUCAAAACAGGAGGAAAGCAUGAAGGCAUCCACAGUCGAUGUGAAACUUGGCAUUGAAGCAAACAUAGGUUUUCCCGAAAAUAUCAAAGUAUAUUGCAUCAUAAUUCAGGAUUGUGUAAUGGAAUACUUCCCCCUCACCGAAAUUGUUAAAAGCUUGAACUAGAUGUUGUGAGUUAGUGUUCGAUCAGACGUCAACAUGAGAGUAGCUUUUGUAGACAUUCAAGGUUUUGUCGUAGACGGUCUUUUCGUUGCCUCGAGCUCACCAUAGAAAUUGGCUUCAAAAGUUCACAUUACAUAUUUUUACCACCGCAACCGUUUUCUACAUUAAGUAACGAGGACAAAAAGACCACAUCAUACGUGGAAAGAAAUGUGCACGGCAUUCGAUACUCUUCAGGAGAUGUAGAAUAUUCUAAAGUAAAUGAAAUAUUAGAAAGCAAGUUAUUGUAUGUCGCAGGAGGACAACAAAAAGUCGAGUUUCUGCAAAUGAAAUGUCACAUUUUCGGUAUUUUUCCACAUAUUAUUGACGUUUGCAAAUUUGAUGGUACAUCCUGUGAAACUGGAAACUUUGCUCAAGAUCCAAACCCCUGUCGCGCAUCUGGACUAUUUUCAUGUACUGAAAGAAAUGUACAACGUCUCCGUCACUGGUUUUUAA